AUGCCUGGGAGUAAGGUAAGGAUUUCAAAAUUGAUACUGCGAGUAGGGAUGAGUUGACCAAGGUAAUUCGAUUGAAAAGUUCAAGUAUAAUAUCUGGGUAAUUCAAGAUGUAAUUGGCCGUUUUAUCCUGUCUUCGUGUAACACUAUGUCUGCGCUUACAGAAACAACUUACAAAUUGGUAGGUUUUACUAAGCACUAAAACUGAAGAUCAAAGCUAGAUCCCGUCAAUUCUAACAGAUACAGAAUGAGGUGUUACUGCCACGUUUUUGACAACGUUCUAGAUAUCGAGUAGUGGCUAUACACAGACGAGAUUUUACAAAACUCAUCAACACUAUAGAAUUAAAACUCAUUGUGAUGUAUGCAUGUUCAAAUUCGCCAGAGAAAAUAUCAUUGUAUGUUAAUUAAUAAAUUCAGACCAUGUAUAUUCCUUUACGACAAGAAAGAAUUUGAAAUUGGCCCCAUUGCCUACAUUAAAGCCUUUAUUUUAAAAUCGUGAAGGAAAAAGCCGAGCUUGGGCCUGGGGACGAGGAUGAGGAAAAAGCUGAUAUUUGAGCACAGGCCCCUCACUAGUACCCAGUCCUUGAAUGAGGUUUGGAAAAUAAUGAUAAUGAAUCACGUACCUCCACUGAUCAAUAAUUGUAUGGAUUUAAUUUAACAAUGACGACUGGUAACAAGUUAGCGAAGACCUCUGUCUGAAGCUAAAUAUCUUCCUCUAAAUAACUUACUUCCAGGCAAAAUGGGCUAGAAGCAUCUGCGGUUUUUUUCCCAUUUACCAGGUGUUAUACUCAUGACAUCUUGCUAUCAUAAAUUUUCUUCUCCGGAUUCGCCCGAAUAUCUCAUAGCAUAUAUAAAUAAGAAAUGAUAGUAAAGACUGACAAACAUUGUUAUUUUCAACUUUAGUUAAAACAUAAUAUUCUGAGGAUACUGGCUGACUAUAAAUUCGUGUGCGCUGAGAGGGAAGAGGUAAAUGCAUCUAAAGGCAAUUUUCCAUUGCAGUCGCUUUGCCCGCGCGGGCGGAGCGAACACUACUCAACUUUCUCUGUAUAGUUGCCUAACCUGUGCAUUUUUUGUCCGCCUGAAUGCUCGCGGACACGUCAUGAAAGUAUAGAACUACAUUCAACUUUCUUGGCGUACCCGGGCGACUGAUUUUUCACGUGAUUAAAAUUGUUUUUCUUUUGUUUUAGCUUCUACAGGCAGUGCAGGAGGUAAGUGAAAUAGACUUUCCUAGUUACACAAUUUCGUAAGAACAUCGUUUAAUAACAAGUAAUUAAAUUCUCGAUAAAUGAAUAAUUUCGAGUUACCUGCAGGUAAGUGCUCCAUAGAAUCCAAAGUUCAGCACUUCUUCUUUGUUCAAUUAUAGAGCAUGAAUGCACAGAGGAGCUCAAUGAGAGAGGUACGUCUUGUAGUCGGUAUAUAUUCGUGUAUAGGUUAUUAUUCUAUAAGAAUUUUUGAAUUCUGCAGCUCAAGCAUUAUCAUUGCAUUUUCUUGCUACAAUGCAUCUAUAACCAAUCAUUGCUUUCAGUUUCAGCUGAACAAAGCUUUGACGCUUCAGUCACAUGUAGUGACGAAUUGUAGAACCUUGCCUUGUUUAAUUUGUGUGUUUGCCAGCGUCUACUGAGAAAUAUCGAAGAUAUACUUCAUUACAUGAUCUAACACACGCCUUCAGUGUUUAAUAGAUUUUGCCACUUCAAGGGGGGGGGGUCUAUUAAAGAGGGGCGUUUAUUAUUAAUGCAGCUAGCACUUUGCAGCAGUUCAGAGUGAACACUAGUCAAAACUCUUCAACAUUCAUUGCCAUAUUGCAUUUCAUUAUAUUCCAACACUAGAUCAUCAACGGUAACCGUGCAUGUAUUCGCAAUCAAAGGCGUUAAAAUCAUCGAGAACUUUAAAAAUAUUUCAAUCUUUCUCAUGGCCCUUAUCUAUUCUUUCCCCCAUGCACAUUACAUAUGUCACUGUUUCAUUUGAAAAUCAUAUUGUUUAAUUUUACAUUAUAUUUAGGUGCCGACAUUUUUCGACGAUGAUGAUGAUGAAUUUGAUUUUUACACCUCGGACACUUGCCUUAGGUAACAUACAGUAUUAAUUUAGUGGUUUUUAAACCAUUUAAGAAAUACAACAUUUUAGACAAUAACGUCCAAGAGUGUGGCAUUACAACUCAAUUAACAAGCUAAUUAAUAUCUUAUCGGUGUUUUGCUUUAUUUAAAGAGGAUAACAUAAAAUAUUUAUGGAAAAUACCACGUAUAUAUUCAUUAUUGCAAAGCUUUACGAGACUUUUAAUAUCUUUAUAAUAAAAUUUGCAUGUUAAAAUGAACGUUGAUGAUAGUGAGAGGGGCAAUCAUUUAAUCCUUCCAAGAAAAUCGCGAUCGUUGGACGUUUAUAACCAGCUAGUGAAGAAAUCACUCCAAUACGUAAAGCAGUAACAUCGAUUAUAGAAACAGUUACUCAGGAUAUUUAAGCUGACGAGAUCGAUUGUGUUCAACUAAAAUCACUGAUGUUUUUUUCUAGAGAUUACACGAAAACGCUACGGUGGUUUUCAGACAAGUUCAAGGACAUGGAUGCCAAAGUAUGCUUGCUAAAGAAACGAGAGUUUGCUUCUAAAGGGUAUACCUACACUCAUAUUUUAUAGUGUGGUUUGUUACGUAUUGGGAGUCGUGUCCCCGAUGCCCUGACUGCUAAUGCCCUAUUGCGAUGCCCAAACGAUGUUUGACAUCGCUCUGUAUUCGCAGCGUGAGUUUGUUCGUCUUAAGGCGCAAUUCCAGUCCUCGCACGAAACUCCUCGCAGCUCGCUGCGAGUGCUUGCAUCUAAUUAAAAUUAACUCUUAAGCAUUGUGAUUGGAUGAAAGUGCUCAUGCAUGCACUCGCAGCGAGCUGCCAGAAGCUUCGUGCGAGGACUGGAAUUGCGCCCUUAGUUUGGAAUCAUAUAUAGUCUAUAUAUAAGCAUUGGUAUUUAAUAUUCAAGAAGAGUAAUAACUGCAUGCAUGUAUAGGUCUUCGCGCUUGUGGUGAACUUGUUUGCGCAUGCUUCAGGGGAACACGCUGUAGUACUCUGAUCUCUUUUCAUUUGUUCAGUUGAUAAAUAUGAGAUACAGUGUAUACUGCAUACAUAUUAAUGAGUUUUUAAAACCCUGAGUAUUUAACGCUUACUGGGACCAAGAGAAACAGCGCGUUUUGUGAUCACCAUUCCUCGACUUUACUUCUUAUCAUAGCAAAUUUCAAAGAAAAAAGUAUUGCAAUGUAAACUGUUUCAUUUUCGUUUAAUUAACUUUCAAAAUUAACGACAAUUCUGUAACUGCAACCAAAUUUCGAGGUCCGUCACAUUUUAUGCAAAGACCCUAUCAGAGUCAACCAAGGAGAUAUUGGGUCCCAGUUGCACGAUACCGGAUCAGAUUUCAUAUCGGAUUGUCUAACCAGUCCGAUACAAAAUCAGUUACGUUUUCGUGACACAAUACCGGUUUGAAUAUUUAGAUCACAAUACAAUAACAAAAAUUCGCGUGGACUUCAACGCAACAACGAGUUUUCGUCGAAUAUUUUAUUGUUUUAUUAAAACACUGGCUUUUUAGAAGAUAGGGUAGCUCGAGGGGUAGCUUAACUGACAGAUUAACGUUUUGGAAUCAAAAGAAGUCUAAGUACAGCAUUACUUCUGGCACAAAAAUAAAGAUAUUUUGAAACCAAAAUUCGGGAUAUAAAGUUGAUACGUUAGGACGUUGUUCAGUAGUCCGGCUGUUCGGAAACUUCGCAGAAUCAAAAAUAUGUCGACAGCAAUCCCACUGAACGAAAACGCCCAAAUAUAAUAACAGGAUACUCAACACUGGCCAUGCAAUAUGCAAUAUGAAAAUUGUUUAGUCUUUAGAAAAUAUAUUUUAACGUUCCUUGAAAUAGGAAGAAGCUUGUGGAAGUAAAAUAACGAAUCCGAACGUAUAUCGGAUUCGAUCAACUAGUUACAUGAUGCUCGUAACUUUCCGGAUUAAUUUUCAAUUUUUCAUAUCACUUCCAGAAGCCAGGAGUGAUUUUUAGUUGGUGGUAUGUACCGAAUUGCCGUAGCAUCGUUUAACCAAAACGCAUUCUGAUACGGAUUGUAAUCCACUACAAGAGUAAUCCGGUAUCAUCAUUUUUUCAAACAUGUACAGCUAUUUCAAUUAAGGUUGUCCACGAGCAAAGCGGAAAAGUCGAAUACGAGCGCGAUAGGCUGCUGGGAAUCGCUUUGAAAAUUCAUUAAUUUGUUAGCGAUUCCCAGCAGCCUUUUGCGCUCGUAUUCGACUUUUCCGCUUUGCUCGUGGACAACCUUAAUUGAAAUAGCUGUAUAUAUCGUGAUAUCGGUGCUUAACUAUAGGACUCUUAACGGAGCAGUAGGUGGCAUAGGACUCUUAACGGAGCAGUAUCAUCAUUAAACUGUCGUGCUUUCUAUUCUGGACUAUAUGACUCUUUCAAAAUUUUAGAGAUAAGAAACGAAUGAAGAAGGAAAAGCAGAAAGAAAAGGGUAACUCUUAUACUAUACAGGGUGUAUAUUUAGUGUGCUGUUGUGCCCUCAAUAUUUAAUUUUUUCAUAUUAAUAUAAUGAUAUAAAGAAAGGUAUCAUUGUAUGCACAGCUAAAAGCCUGAAUAUUAUUACUGUGUUACUUUAUUAAAACUUGUAUCGAUAAACUCAAUAUCUAACGUACAUGCAUGAACAUGCUAAAGUUGGAUGACCUUUUUUUCCUACACCCUGCAUGCAGUAUAUUUCAGUUGUGUGGUUUCACGUUUUGCUAUCUGCAUGCAUGCAUGCAUGUAUGGUAUUUGUUUUGCCAAAGCCAACGGCAACCAGCAUACAAGUAUAUUGUGAAAAUAAUAAAAUUAUCAAGAGAUGAAAAAAAAAUGUAAAUGUUGUGUCAUGACAUAUAAAAUCUUCGUGCAAUUUUAUACGUAAAUAAGCAAUUCACUCAUAUAUUAAAAAACAAAUAUUGAAAAAUUUAGUUCAGUAACAAUAUUUCUGUUUUUAUCAAGCAUAUUUUAAAUGUGCCAUUUUAAAUUUAAAAUAUAAUGAACUCAAUCGCCUUUUCACCAGUUGGUUUUCGUGCCCGAGUAACAGCUAUAUAGAGUCUUGGAUUUUUCAUUGUCCAUUAAUGUCGCGAACUUGUUUUUUGGGCUUACUUGUAAGAAUUGUUUUGAAUAAUUUAGCUAAAGCUGCUGAGAAUGUGGAAAAGUUGGAACCAGUAAACAGUAAGGAACGUUUGGAAACAUGGAAAUUCGCUGCGGAAGAAAUUGUUCAUUUGUUGAAGACAGUUCGUCAAGAAGGAGAGGGAGGUACUGCCAAUUCAACAAAGGCUCGAUCUAGCUUCCACGCACAAAACCAACACGCAAGCCCUGCACUGCGAUUGUUUGCAUCUAAUUGAAAUCUGCCGAGCAUUGUGAUUGGAUGAAAGUACUUGCAGUGAGUUUGUGAUGAGUGAAAAAGAGUCUUAGGAGAUGUUCAGAUCUGACUUCCACUACCAUUACUUUUCACUGACUUAGUACGAAUCUGAUUGGUUAAUCGGAUAUAUCAAAUGCGUCUGAUUGGUUAAUAGUUCCUGAACUCUCCAUAUUUUCAAGUAAAUCGUGAAGGGAUCUCUAGUCACCCGACCCACUGAUUUGUCAAAUCAUAUUCCUAGCAGCAAGAUUUCUGGGCCAAAUUCUAUUUCCCAGUUGUCCAAAUCCCCUUUUCCCUGCAGUGAAAAAUAGGUAGGCCUACAGUAAAUCCCGUGUGACCGUGUCCAUACUAUACCGACUCAUUUUUCAAAUGCGUUGUGUGAGUAUUUUAAGUAUCUUCUGCAGAUGAAAUCGAGUUGGGUUUUUUUUGUUUGUUAUAUAAAAAUCUUGAAAAAGUUGUUUUUCGUAUUUUGCUACGCUUUAAAUAAUCUUCGUAUUCAUUAUUCAUAUAAUCAGCUAAGUAGUUUUUAAUUUAUCUAGUCUUGAACAGGACGAGUUUUGUUUUGUAACGUUGCAGAGGAAACGUUUUCCCCCACCAUGUCCACCAUGCAGUAACUUCUUCCAUCACUGAAUGCCAUUAUGGAAGAACGUCGCAAAAACAAAACUCGUCCGGUUUGUACCAGUUAAAUAAAAAAAAACUGUUAACCACACAGAAUCGAUAAAGAACGAUUCUAUUUUUCAUCAGGUAAAGAUGUUUUGGCCAGCGAGUUGCAAAAGAUCAUGAACAUUAUGAACAAACAAAACGAGGAGAUAGAAAAGUAAGUGGAACUAACAGUACUUUGAAUUGCCAGUGUAUGAAUGCAAUCUGGAAUAUGCUUCGCUUUUUUAUUGUGCAUGAGCAAUACUCCAAUAGGCUGUAAAUAUACCAAGUGUACGAGUGAAAUCUAUCCGCGAUCAUCCUCGAAGCAUUUGACUCGAGAUGAUGUCCGUAUAGGCUGGAAUUUGACGCAAGGUCAUUCCGCUCGGUCGGGCAUUUGAGUGAUUUGACCAUGUACACCAAAUUGUUCAGCUUUCCCACAUAAAAAUAUAUAUCAUCUGGUGCUUUGAUUGCCUCUUGGUUGUUGUUCUCGCUCUGAGCGACAUUAUGUCGUUAUAUAAAGUAUGGAAUGUGAACAAUUUUCUGUCUAUCUUUUCUUUCAAUAUAUACACCACAAUUUCUAUUAUCUUUACUAAUUGAAUUAAACUUGUUUAAUUAAAUUUUGGCAGCAUUGCCGACUGCCUCUAUAUGACUAUUACAGGACAGUUGACUGUAUUUUCCGCCCCCAUGCACUUCGGGGAAUUUGAUUCAAACGCCCUGGGGUUUGCCUGGAAGGCAUUAACGCGUGAUGGAUUUGAUUCGUACAUGAAGUGCAUUCAUAUAGUGCUCAAACAUCCACGAAAUGUGUUGGAUACAUACAGUAAGCUCCAUUAUAUCUGUAUAAGUUCUCACUGCGAUCACUUACAUUUAAAUUAAUACUGAACAAAACGCCAGCUCACAAAAUUGGAAAAACUGGUAGACUGCUCCAAAACAUAGAUACGUAAUGUGCAAGGUCUGAAAUUUAAUUAUUUUAUCAACACCCGUUCCCAAAAUUACGAGACCUGCCUGAAAAUAUGUCAGUUUUAUACACAGUUUUAUGUCAAGCGAACCAUUUUAUUGCAAUCAUCUCCCCCCUAUAUAAACUAUAUGCAAUUAUAAUAGGUCUUUGGGACUGUGCGUAUGCCUAUAUGGGCAAUUAAGAUGUACAUUAAAGGAGCUGAGAUUUACGUCCUAGCCUAUAUAUGUGUAAAAUACCUGACGUGUUUUUAUAGCGUUACUCAAUAUUAACUAAAGGGAGUGUUAUAUAAAUAUCAAUCUCAGUUUGACGAUUGAAGUCUAAAUUGUCAAAUAAAAUUAUUGUUUUGCAAAUUUUCUUUAGGAAAACAGAGUUGCUGAAAAAAGAAAAGGAGGUAAAAUUUUUACCUCAGAGUAACCAUAAUUAGAAAACAAAUCUUCAUAUAUUUAUUACGUUUAAAAUUGUUAUUAACUGUAACUUAAUCAAAUACUAAAUUGACAAAUUGUUUACUAUUUUGAGUUUGAUUAUGCCCCUUUUUCAAAUUUUAAUUUGAAGAUGCCUUUUACUUUUACAAUACUGUAAAACACGCACGGCUGCAAAAUUAUCGCUGAAAAAGGAAUUAAUUCCAAUUCCAAUUACUUGCUUUAAAAUAUAAUAAAUUCCUGAUUACAAUUACUUGUUCUAAAAUGUAAUUAAGUACAAUGAAAAAAUUACUCCGGAAAAAAGGAAUUAAUUACAAAUUCCUUUACCGGCAAAUUGUUACUAUAUAUAUUAUAAGACAAUAUCUUAAACAGUAGUUGUAAAUAAAAACGGUAUAAACUAUGAAAUUUGCAAGAAUUUAUCAAGAUGAUAUUUCAAUAUAUUAAAACAUUUGACAUGCAAAUCGAAGCAUGUAAACUUAAAACUUUAUUUGCCAAUAUUUGGCGCUCCGAGCCUCGGAAGAAAUUGUGGUUUUCACUUUCGCAAUAAAUAGUAUUAGUAUAAUUACAUAGGUGAUUAUUGAAAAUUCUCCACGCUGAUUGGUUGCCGUUGAGGUGAUUAUUACGCGAUAAUCACCUAAGCGAUUUUCAAAAUGGCGGCCGAAGCCGUUUUGUCAAUUAAAUGACGAAGAAAUGUGUAUUUUUUAUUUUUUUUCCAAAUAAUCACCUAUGAAAUUAUACUAAAACAAUUAUUCACCUCAGGCUCGGUGAUUAUCGUGAAUAAAAACCUCGACUUCGUCUCGGUUUUUAUUCACCGAUAAUCACCUCGCCUUCGGCGAAUAAUUGUUAACUACUUCAUGUAGGCUAUCAUGUCAUGUGAUCUCGUUGAAAAUAAGCUCAGCCAUUUUUCUGAAUUUUUGUCGUAACAUUGUAUUUUUUAUUUCUUAAUUUUACAAGAUAAGAAAGAAAAGGAAUUUUCAAUUUGUUCCUGGAAAAAGGAACACGUUCCUUGCUUUUGUAAUUAAUUACGUUUUUCAUUACAUUUCUAAAAACGUAAUUAAUUACAGGUUAAAAUUACUUCAAAUGUAACGAGUACACAGUAACGCGUUACAAUUGUAACGAGUAUUUACAGCCCUGAAAACACGGGUAAAUAUUGCUGUUUUAACUUUGCGGGUUGAGCUUCUCAAGAAACGAAAAUCCACUAAAGAGGUCAGCUUAUAGUGGGUAGAUGGAGCAAUGAAAAAGAAGAUUGUUGAGCAUGAAAUUAAUGAUACAGCCCCGGCGGUAGAGUGUUGAACAUAUAAAGUUGAGGCGGACGAUUUGCAGUUAUUUAUAAUUUUCUAUUUUACUGCAGGCAACCCUUAGGGUGAAACAGAAUCGUGAUAAACUGCAAGUUCAAAUCGGAAAUUUGGAGGGCAAACUCAAGUCCAAACAGAACGAAGUCGCGACAUGUAAACAGGUACAUAAAUUUCACUUGAGCCGCAACACAGUGGCGUAGGAAUUAAGGGGGACACUGGGGGCACGUGCCCCCCAAGUUUUCAAAUCAAAAGUGCCCUUUUUUUGGUGGCAAAGUGUCCUUCUGACAACGUUAACAAUUUCGUUGAGAUCGAAAAAAUUAUGAUAUUUCCGGAAAAAGUUUUGUUAUUUUCGGAAAAAAUUAUAUGUCCGGAUAACAUUUCCGUGAAAAAUUUUUUAGGUUCCCUUUUCUUUCGAAAAGUGCCCCCCCCCCCCCCAACUUUUUGAUGUUUCCUACGCCCCUGCCGCAACACGGUGUUCAUACAUGGCAGUUAAUUAAACGGAACUUUACAUUUAUCACCGAGCCACCCCAAAUCGCAAACUAUUGUAGUCUAGCCAGAAUAAAAAGCAAUGAUUUAUAUGUAUGGAACUAACUUGUGACGGGCGGUGUAUGACAAAAAAUGCAUUGUAUUCCCAGCACAUGCAGAUUGCUGAAUGAAUGACAAAAAAAAAAUAGUUUACACAGCUAUUAUAUUUUUGUUAAACGCAACAUUCAGUUUCUUUAAUCACCUUUUGACUUUUCCUUUAUGCCGAAUGAGUUUUUCAAUCACCAAAAUCAUCCCUCCAGGCUCUUUCUGUUCCAUCACUGCGAAACUGGAAUAAAUGUUCCCUAUAAAUUAGGUUGUUCCUGUGCCCAUGCGUUAACUUGAUUAUAAUUAACAUUCAUGAAAACAAUGAGGAAUUAUAUUUAAGGUGGCGCGCCCAAUACAGUUUUUAAAAAUAUGGAAAAUUUACUAUUGAGAUCCGUAUUUUUGGUAGUUGGACAAUUACUACUUUUUUAGAAACAAAUAAUACCUUAGAUAUGUAAAACAACAUCUAAAGAGUUCGAAUUCUUUCACAAAAAUAUACAACUACGACUGCCGUUGCUAUGGCAACAAUGACGUUUCAGUAUGGCGGAUAUUUUGGCUUUAAAGUAAUUUUUUUUAAGUUAACUCGACAGACAAUAUAUCGGUGACCCCCAAAUUUUAUUUCAUAACAUAUUUUCUCUUAGUAUAUUUCACAAUUUUAAAAUAUUCUGUUAACCCAAAACUUUUAAUGUCGCAAUUUAUUUCCCCUGGUCUGUGGAAAACACCACGUAUAUAUUCGUUUUUACAAACCUCUCGAACAGGCCUGGGGCGAAACUUCGGUAUUCCUACUGGGGGAGGGGGGGGGGGGUGAGCUUGUUUUGCCGACCAAAAGGGCGUGGCCGAAGUCGUUCCCGACGGACGAACAUUUCAGUCGUUUCACUAUUACUUUUCAAUCCGAGACACUCAAAUAUUUUCAAAAAUUGCCCUCCGAAAUUGUAUGGAUAUACCCGACGAGAUAUAGUUUCGCCCCUGCCUUCGAAUUGUAAGCCCAGAUCUUUAUCAGUAGCCUUUUAAUUAAUAGAUGACUUGUUUAAUUAAUUCGCACUUCUUAUAUACUAAAAUCCUGGCUUGUACAUGCAGCUCGAGGUUUGCAGUAAUAAAUAUAAGUGAAGUUUCCCACAAGCCAAGAGAUAUUGUUUUAUCGCCAUGCAAACUUUGAAGGAUGUAUGUAAUUUGUCGUUGUUUAGUAUAUUCAAGACAUUGUAAAGAAAAUGAAGGAGUCUCCAGGUGGAAUAAAAUUUUCCCUUGAAGGCAUGGAAGAUGAUUUGCAGGAUGAGGUACGGAUAAGCUACGGGACAAUUUCAGGUCUUGCCGAUUGUUAAUGACGAAUGUUGUCAGUUGACGAUGUCAUCAGAUGACGUUGACAAUAAAGGGUAAUUUAUUGGAUAAACUGAAACAUCUUAUAUGAGAGGCCAAGUUGCAUGCACUCUGAUGGCAUAUUUGUUACAAGCUGCCAACUGCCAUUUAUGUUAGCACCUCUGAUUUUGACUUUAUAGCUGAAAAUUUAAAAAAAUAAUACUAUGUUGACAAAAAUGAAAAAAUUUCAAAUUUACUUUUCACAAAAAUAAACUAUACCAUUAGAAAGAUAGCAAAAAGCACAUAUAAAACAGAAAAACGAGUGGUGCGAGUUUUCAAGUCGGUUUUGAGUUAGAUCAAAGUUAGCAGAAUAGUAACUUUUAGUAUAAAUUAGUGCAUCAUAUAGCUACUACUCGCUGUAAAUGUCUCAUAAACAUACUUUUUCGCGAAUUUCUAAUGGUAAAGUUUAUUUUUGAUAAAAAUGAAUUUCGGAUAUUUUAAUUUGCAUUUUUGUCAACAUAUUACUUUAAUAGACAUAUUUUAAAAUUCUCAAUUUUUUCGGCUAUAAAGCCAAAAUCAGAGUUUCCCAACAUAUAUAGUCAGAGUUGCCAACCAGGGGCGUAGGAACCGGGGGGCAGGGGGGGGGUCAGGCCCCCAAGUUUUGCCAAUUGCCCUUUUUCCGGGAGCAAAGUGCCCUUUUCUUGCGUGUAAAAUGUUUUAAGGAUUGCCUUUUUUUGCCCAAAGGGCACUUUUCAAAACUUGAAUUUCUGUUAUUUUCCGGUAUGUGCGGAAAAUAUUUUUUGGUAUGUCCAGAAAAAUUUUUUGAGACCUAUUACGCUCCGCGCCUAUUAGAUACGUGGCGUCUAUUGUAUACAAGAGGCUUUUAUUAAAUCGUUUACGGCAAGGAAGUUUAUUUUAAAGAAAAUUAACAAAUUGAGUAACUAAAUAACAUUUCAGUUUGUCUUUCAGAAUAACCUAUAAAUUACACCAUUAUACAUGAGGAAACACCAAAAAUCUUGCAGUUCCUGCAUGGUUAUUGUAUUGCAUGUUCUGCGCUGUGUCUUUUCCAUUGUUGUGUGAAAUUUGGUAACGAAAUGUUGUAAAGCUUGGAAAAUAUAGCCUUGCGAAGUUUGCAUAUUUUCAGUAUGUUUGUAUUACGUGCGGAAAUUGUUACAAUUUUCAGCUCAAAAAUGGUAACAAUUAGCUAGGUAACAAUUUCCGCACGUAGCCUAAGGGACCGGUCAUUAUUUAUGGCGGGGGGUGGCACCGAAGAGAAAUGUUUUUCGUGGCAAACAUUUUGCUGACCCAACCAUUAAAAAGUCAAAAAUUUGAUUACCCAACCUCAAAUAUCAAUUAAAAAAUAAAUACCCACCCCUGGCCAAAAACUUUACAAGCGGAUACCAUUCAGUUGUCACACAUGUCCUUUACCACUUCUGUGACAUGAUUUUGAUAACUGCAUGCUUGUGAAAUUUUCUGAAGUCUAAAGUUUCAUGUUGUCUGCACAUGUACUUCUUUGGAGACACCAUUUGCCUCCCAACAAAUCGGAAAAUGGUCAAGAGAGUGACUCUGAUUGAUUCACAUAUUGUAUAUAUGACUGUUCACAUUGCUUUUUAGUCUCCAAUAUUUCAGUGAGUCGUGCUUUGGAAAUGACAAUAAAUUUUUAUUACCCAACUCUCGAGUUGUUUUGUUUUUCAUUUACCCAAUCUUUUACUCACUCAAAAUUUUGUUUACCCAACCCUUUUCUCUUCGGUGCCACCCCCCACCAUAAAUAAUGACCGUUCCCUAAUACAAACAUACUGAAAAUAUGCAAACUUCGCAAUGCUAUAUUUUCCGUAUUUUACAACAUUUCGUUACCAAAUUUUGAAAUUUUAAUAAUAAGUUCUUUACGGGAAUUUACUUUUUUUGCCUAGAUCAAAAAUUAGUCUAAUAUGCAAGUUGUCUAUUGAGGACAACUUUUCCAACUUUGACGAUUUCGAGAGAAACUUACAAAAUGACUUUGGGCCUGUUCAUAUGGGCAAAAGUUAUCCCGGUUAACGAGAGAACUUUUCGACUAGCCAAAUACUUUUGUUCUGUUCAUAUGGAGAAAUAUUAUCCUACUUACCGGGAAAAGUUUCCGGCUGUGACGUAGCACUGAACAUCAAUUGAAUUGAAAAGUUGCUGACACGACAAAAAGUUAUCCCGCUAAGCGGGAAAGUUGUGUUCAUAUGGGGAAAACAUUAUCCCGGUCACCGAGAUCUCGCCUGUCAACAAGCGAGAUCUCGGUACACGGGAAAACUUUUCGUCUCAUAUGAACGCAAUGUAACUUUUCAUAUUAUUUUCGUAACAAGGCGAGAUCUCGCUCGUAAACUUGUCGAAAAGUUUUCUCGCUAACCGGGAUAACUUCUGCCCAUAUGAACAGGCCCUUAAUCUUUUCGUAUAGGCUAUAGUAUUUAAUCAUCUAUUUGUCUUAUACUAAUAUAUAUAUUAUAAUAUGUUUAUUUCCAUAUACAUUAAUAUUAAUGUAUGAUUUUCACUAUUAGCUACCCAAAGUGAUGAGGCGCCGAUUCACCUUAACAGAUUCAUCUUUGGAAGGAGAUUUUGCCGAGAUGAAAUUAAGAGAUUCUCAGAAAAAAGCAAGUGAUUUGGAAGAGGUACCAUGUAUCUUAAUGGUGUCUACCAUUAGAGGUCAUAUAUAGAUUUUUAAAUUUACAGCAAUUGGGGUUAUUGGCUAAACCGUACUUGUCACGUUAAACAGAAUUCCAUGACGGAAUCUCGAAAGGAUUUUAAGAUUGUUUUAAUUUUUACAAAAUAUUCGAAAGAUUUCAUGAUAAAAUUAUAUCAUGAACAGACGCUCUUUGGAAGAAAAUUGCACAAUCAUGUUGUUGAGGUUUUAGUGCAAACCCCAUUGCAUGCAUGCGAGCGCCAGAAUUAUGUUUGUUAGCAAUCAAGUGUAUGUCAUGCCACAUUUCUACUUCUACCAGUUAUUUAUGUUACUAUUGUUGCACUAUCUACAGUUGUUUUAUUACCUUGGUUACCUUUUUGUAACUUCCAAUCCAACCAUUGUUCCCCUUUGAGCACAAGGAAAACCUCGCAAAUUCUUGUUUUCCAACUCGUAUCAACACGCUCUUAUUUCAUCCAGGAUUCAACCAUUUGUUAUAAUAAAAACCGAAAAUCUUGAUUGUUGACAAAAAAUUCGCGAUCUUUGAUGCUAAAGAUGUUUGUGCACAUGUGUUAUGGGUAGCUCUUAUGCUCAACAUGACUAUUAUGAACGGAGUUGAUAAUGAACUGGGAUUGCAGUUGGGUUCAUGAAAUAUGCUAUAGUUGUAUGAUAUAAUUAUUUUCGCCUCAUUCCAGUGUACGUUUUUCCAGUUUGCCUCCACCAGUGAGUUAUACAUCACCUUGUUCUGGGGGGGGGGGGGUUAUACUGUGGAGAGUUUACAACGAACUGAUGAAGCUAUAUACCCUAUAUCUACAAGCUAUAGUGAAACAUUUGAACGUUCUCGGCGUAAAACCUUAACAUUUUCAUAUUCUUGUAGGAAAAUUCAAGACUGCAAGAAGAAGUAACAAAGCUUGGAGAGGCUAUAGUUCAAAAGGUAUACAUGUUGGUUUAAGUGGACUUGCCUUUGCAAUUGCCGGUACUCGUCAUUGUAAGUUUUGAAAAACGAAUCAUGCUUACCUUCAUUUCCUUAUUGGAGCGGAUAGGUUCAGAUUUGACUUAAAUAUACUAGUAAUUCCGACAAUACGAUUCAUGAAGAAACAAUGUACAGAACCGAUUUUUUGUUUCUUAUUUCUCAGAACCUAGCAUAAAAAGAUAACAUAACCAGUGAGAGAUAAAUCUAGCACGCUUAGAAAAUACAAUUUAGUGUGCAUGGAUAUCUAUAUCCAACUUUAGGGACAAGUUGUAAUGAAAGGGCAAGGUAGCUUUCUACUACUGUAUAUCUUGUAAACGACUGAGCAGAAAUCAAUAUAUUAAUCAAAUGUAACUUGAUAUAUACUCAACUUGAUAUAUAUAUAAGCUACAUAUGUUGUGUGAAAAUAGCAUUAAGUUUCUGAUUUAAUUAAUUUUCUGAUUUAAUUAACUCGUUGAUUUUCUAGGAUAGAGACUUUAUCGAAUUAAAGGCGAUGUUUAGUGAAGGUGAAGGAAUAGCAUGCCCAAGGUGUCUAAGAUUAACUUGUACAUCCGGUUCUGAAAAUGACACACUCUCCCCAGACAAAGACAGAUUGGAGGUUCUGGAGCAAAUGUUGCAGGAUAGUGAAUCGAAACUAGAAACUACAGUCGUGGUAAGAAAAUAUCUUCUUUCCUUUUAAGAUAACGUCGCCGUAUAACUCGAUCUGUUCCAUCAUCCUUUGGUGGGUCCAUCUCGUUCAAUAAUCAUCUUAAUUUCAUCAUUCUAUCCGCCAAUUAUGUUUUCCUGUCAAUGGUUUGAACUUUUGGUUUUUGCAUUUUUCACCCAAAUCAUCGUCCAAACUAUCUCAUUCUUGGUUCUCUUCCUGUCCUGGCUAUAUUUUGUACUGCAGCUCUUCUUUUAACCUCCCCGUGUGUAAAAUGUUCUCGAAGAGAUAUUCCUUGUAUGUAUCGUAGAUAUCUGAAUCAGUUCAUCUCGGUUCUCACUAAAUAUGCCCUACUAAUAUAUACUCUCACUCUCUCAUUCUGGCCUGGAAAAAUCCAGCUAUAUAUAUAUAUAUGCCCAUAGCUUCACCUUCAUGUCAUUUCAAUUAUUUUCGCUCUCUUGCAGCAAUUAAACAAUUUUGUAUAUUAUAUACUGUAUAUCAUACAUAUGUGGAUUACUCUGUGCCGUUUGUGCAUGGCCCAUUUUCGAAUUAUAUCAUGUUAAAAACCUGUUGGUUGCCGAAGUGCCUAACCUGAAGUUCAGGCCAUGCAUGAACUAGGGCCUGAACUUCAGGUUACGAAGUGCCCAAAUAUCUCUUACGCAGUGUCUUUAUGUUUUGUUAAGGAACUAGCCAGAAUGCGAAUAAAUUUGGCUGCAUCAGGAAUAACCUUACCUAAUUUGGUUAAUGUGGGCAGCCAAACACCAGCAGAUGACGAAGAAAGCGAGAGUGAGGACGAACCAGACCAACGUGGCUUUUCCCAUUCCAGCUUGAACGAAGAAAGUGAUGGUUCAAGAGCCGGUAGUCGUUUAGUAGCAGAGGUGGUAAUCACCGAACCAUCGCCAUUAGUAGGAGAUAGUAUGGACGAAACAGAUGUCUUGAGUCCCCAGACUAUCCGGAAAAGUAGCAAGAAACAGAAACGAAAAAAACAGACGAGAAAGGAUCGUUCUAGAAAGCAAACUGCAAGCCGCUCACCAUAUCCUGAUGUUAACAGGGAUGAUGGACGAUAUGACAACACAAGAAAAGAUGCCGACGAUGACGUCAUGGAAAGUACGAUUUGCUCAAAGAUGAGUGUGAAAAUGCAAAACAAGGUAGUUUUGAUACACUUAUUAAACAUUACGAGACAGUUUCAAAAGGUCGAAAAUCAUCAUGUUUACCGAUUUUAUUGAAAUAGUUUUGCGCGGAAUACGGUCAUGUGUUGACAGCAGUACAGGUUACCAACCCAGAUUUCAAAUGUCAAGUUGUGUUUUGCGACGCUUUGGUCGAUCUGUUGUCGAAAUAUAUUCGCCUAUAUUCGAAAACGUCUUGGCGCAAGUCAAAUGCAUUGUUUUACCGAUUUAAAAAACAUUCUUCUAACUAUUAUCGCCAUACUCUAAUUUAACGACGGCUAUACCAUGAAAAUAAACCAUUUCUUUAGUUUCAAAUAUGUUACGUUACGUCCGUGUCACUGCGAGGUAAUAUAUGCGGUGCAAUUGUUCUGAUAAUCAAAAUCCCCGCCAAAUUAUUUUCAGCAAAAAUGCUAGAUUUAAAAGCUUUGGUAAAGCUCGGGUUUUCCCUCAAUUUCCUCCACAUUUUCACAGAAGACGCACGAAAAGAAAAGCUAUGAAAGAGUGCGAUUGGAGCUAUAUGAUUUAUUUCUCGUUCUUAUGGGCUUUUAACGCGCAAAAAUGUUUUAGCUAUAUACAAAUGAUUGAAUAGUUUGUAAAUUACGAAGAACGCAGCUCAACCUGAACGAGUCGUAUAGGCUUACUAAAGGCGCCUCUUGCUCCCAUCUUAUGACGAAUGUCUAACCAAGGAUCACAGCUACGAAUGAGAGUUAGUUUAGGAUUUAUCCCAACUCAUCUGGACAACAUUCCCUAUGUGAGAAAACCGGAAUACCUGGAGAAAACCACUGAAGAAAUCCACGAAUUUCGUUAGACCGAUUCUUUCGCAUAAUGAGAAUCGAACUUCGGAGAACCGACGAUCUCAGAGCUGAAAACGCUUGUUUCCGAGAACUGCGCCACCGAAGCAAACAAGUCAAUGCUUUAUCGUGACCCUACUUCAGCCCUAUAUAAUUUUUUUAUACAGUUCGUGUUUAUUUUCUAGGCUGUUCAAACCAUCCAUGGAGGUCUUAGUUCUGCUUUUGGUCGAAGUCCCCUGGCACGGGAAGCACUAAGAUCCAUACCUGGCAGUAGGGCAGACACAAUGGAACGUAUAGAUGACUUGAAAGACGAAAUGGCCUCGUUGGCUGGUGGAAAAAUGGAAUUUGAUUCUGGUUGGAGAGCAAAAGUAAGUAUCAGUGACGGGAUGUGGUAAGAGAAUGUUUCCUAGUGCUGAAGAAUUGACAGACCUUAAAAUAUCUUUUGCAGGGCCGCCUGACAAAAUGUCCGAUGACGUUGAGUUUGGGUCGGACAUAUGUCCGAUGACCUUCAGUUCAGUUUUGACUCGGAAAUUAAAGUCUGAAUGACACAAAUGAAUAUCAGCACAAUGUAUUAAUUCUAAACGGUAAAUGUUGUGAAGAUAUUAAAUAUAUGUGUCAUUCAUACUUAUUUCCAAGCCAAAAUUAACUUAAUAGUUUUGUUUGUGGAAACGCCACGUAAAUUUAUUACUGCAAAGCUUUCGAUCCGUACGCCCGGAUCUUCAUCAGUGCUAAUAAUAUGUGUGACAUAUUAUUAGCACUGAUGAAGAUCCGGGCGUACGGAUCGAAAGCUUUGCAGUAAUAAAUUUACGUGGUGUUUCCACAAACAAAACUAUUAUAUUUUAUCACCAUGCAAACAUACAAAGAACUUAUUCAAAAUUAACUUGCUUGCAAGAACAGAAGUAAGACUUCGACAACUUAAGCCCGUUUUCCACUUCACCAUUUCGCUAGCACGUCGCCGCCCCGCGCUCGAUCAGCCUACGUUAAAACAUUUCCAUGCAGUUUACUUUUUAUACAAUACUCAAUUGUCCUUUAUUUUCCAUUUACCAUACGAGCCUUACUGCGGAUUGAUUUACGUUGGACAAAGCUACAGUUCGGUCGGACACCAAUACACUCGGGUCGGACAAACAGUAAACCCCAGUUUCACUUAUGUCAGACAGAAGAAUGUCCGGUGGCUUCCUCACUACGUCGGACAAUUUCACAAUUGGGUCGGACAAUGUCCGUGACCGACCGAUAUUUUAAGGCCUGAAUUGAAGAUGAUGUUGAUGAUAGUUGCAACUCUUGUUCACGUUUGACCGCCAACUCUCAUCAACUGGUUCAAAUUUUGACGAGAGAUGAUAAUUUUCCCUACGUGCAGUAAUAUCCAUGUUAACUCUCGUCAACUGUCAUACAAAUCUUGUUCUCAUUUGACCAUGGGCAGCUUAAAAAUCAGGGCCGCAACAAGACGCCUUAUAAUUGGGGGGGGGGGGAUGUUGUAUAUUCAUCAGUAUUCAUUUUCACAUACCGUAAAAACAAUUGCUUUCAAAAGAAAUCCGUUGGGCAGAACACGGAUAUAUGAAUAUGCACCCCCCCCCCACUUAUUCGCGUCUAGUUGCGACAAUGCUAAAAUGCGUGUAGAAUACACAAAAUGAAGGAAAUGUCAAUUUAUAAAUAAGUUCGCCCCAUUCCUCUGUCAUUUGUCGCGCGCCACAAGCACUCAAUGAAAAGCAUUGUUUAUAUAUAUACAAUACAUAAUGCUUAUUUAUAAAUUGACAUUUGGUUCAUUGGGUGCAUUCUACACGCAUUUGUUGGCUGCAUGCCUACGGUUUGACCGGGGCAUAAGAGUUGAGAAAACUCUCAUGCAAACUGUCACUUGCCAACUCUCGUCAACUCUUAUUCUCGUUCGACCAAGUCUUAAGAGGAGCCAAGAGUGCCACCAAUAUGUCAUUAUACGUUCUUCUGUUAUCAACAUAUUUGAUAAAUAUAUUUGCGGAUACUAUAACUUGGAAUGACAAUAACUUUUAUAUCCAUAUUUUCAAAUUUUACUCACGUCCUUUUCAAAAUACCUUUUUAGCUUAAAUGAGGAAAGCGGCAGCAGAUAUAAAAACAAUUUUACUUUUUACAAUUCCCCUAACAGUUCCGGACCGGGGAGAUUCGGGGAUAUUUUGACAACAUCCAAUAUGCUGCAUGAACACCAAUUUAUGCAUGCUUUUACUUCAUGAAUAUCUUUAUUUCAAUAAAUCCCACAAAUCAUAGUAUUCAUAAUUUUUUCUUAACUUAUAUGAAUCGUUUUAUAUAUAACUAUAUUUGGACUUAACGUACUAAGAAGUCAUACAAGUUGCUGAGAUAAGGCUAACUAAGGGGCAUGAGUUUAGAGAAGGUUGAUUAUCAAGCGCAUAAUAUUUCCCAAACCACCACAAUCUCGCAUGCCCAACCCUAACCUGCGAACGGGCAUGCUCUGGGAUUUCUUAUUUGCAGUUUAUUUUUAUUUUAGUUACAUAACCUGUGUACCAAUAUUGAAGAAGUCCUCGAUGAAACUGAAACGGGAGGUAAAUUUGUUUAUGCAGCUAGGUGUUUACACAUCUUUCACAUGAAAUAAUUGCAACUAGUGUCGACGACAGAGUAAGAGACAAAUAUCCCAAUGAGCAUGCAUGUGCCAACAGAGCUUCAAUCAUAAUCAUGUUUAUUAUAUAUUCAAAGUCUAUUCUCCUUCGUGAUUGGUCAAAACGCGUCGGAUAGUUAAUUCGCGGUAUCUUGAAACCGUCGCGUUAUUUCAGCUGCUGACGCCAUCAGCGUGCAAUAAUACUUUUUUUGGACUGAGGUUCGGUCCAAAAAAGUAUUAUUGCACCCCGUGGUUACCAAGCCCCGGCGCGGUCCAUUUUUUGCUAAAAGCGCGCGAAAAUUCCAUAUUUUUAAAAGCGUAAACAAAAUGGCUUUGCUUUCUUUCUAGCUUUUGAAUAUAUAAUAAAACAAUUAUUAAAUUCGGUUUAUAAUAUCGAGAAUUAUCAAGGCCUCGGUUUGUGUUAUCCAGCUCAGCCUUCGGCUUCGGUGGAUAACACAAAUCUCGGCCUCGAUAUCAUACUCAACCUCGUUCAAUAAUUGUUUAUUAUCACUUGGACGUGCAGGGAACGACCAUGCAGGGAGUAGCAUGCAACGUACAGUAUAUAUACCUGUGAUACCGAUCAUGGACAUAGUUAUCUUUUCAAAGGAAGCAUACUGCACCAGCAAGCUGCAUGCACAGUAUCCCCCCAUUAGGGUUUCUUUGCCGAGGGGCUGAUACUCAGGCUACAGGGUUUCUUGAACCAGACCAGACACAGUACUACAGUGCAGUCCCCAUGCACAAAAUAAGUAUCAAGGCUUAAGAUUCCGAACAAACUAAGAAACUAUAGCAAACUCACACAACGAUGUGAAGCGAUGCCUACAUAUAAAUUUGAUUGAUCACCGCAACCUUGGACCUUCAACCAUUGACGCCAGAAAUGUGAUGCUGCCCAAAUCAAUAUCCAGUUUUUGUUACAUUUAAUAUACCGAUGUAUACCACUUGUAAUUAUACUGGCAUAAUGUUAUUGGCUCUGUUAUCUUUUCAAAUCACGGAAAAAUUGCCAUACAUUCGUGAAUAAUCGAGUUAUUUUAAUAUCACGAGGAUAUAGAUAUCUUUUAAAAUAAUAUUACCUGCACGAUAGUAACUUUGAUUAAUGGUCUAAAAUUUUUCGUUGUUAGGCCAAUUAGAGCGAAUACUAUCUGUUGGCAUGACAGAAAGCAAGGCAGAAGACGUUGGAGAUAACCAUUAUGAUUUGUGUCCUACAGAGGAGCAGUUUGCGCAGGUUGGUCGCUUGUCCACUUACAUUUAAUGAAAGGAUUUUAUAGAUCACUUCAAAGAAUAUUUGUACCACAAAAUUGAGAAAAGACAAAACAAUAGAAAGAUACUCCAUAAACCGACUACACUAUAUUGGAGGGGGUGGAUACUGUCAUGGCGAAACUGACUCUAUCGUCUUAAUAUCGAUUGCCAGGUUUCAAAUAAUGUGAAUUAUUUGAUGUACAUUCCCUUGCAGAAUGCAUCUAGGAAGAGAAAGAGUAUAUUCAUGCGCUUGGUAGAAAACAAUUUCCAAAGGAGUGGAAAUAUGCCGCCGGACGUCGCUACAAUUCAUGAUACUUUUGGACGAUACAACCGCGCGAGAAACAUACACACACCUCAAUACAUCAGGAACAUUGAGGAAGAACCGGAAAUGAGUACUCCAAAUACACAUUUACCAGCUCUUCCAACGCAACAUCGCCCAAAGGCAAGCAAACAUUCAUUAUUUGACACUCCUGAUGUUUUGCAAACGAAAGGCGAAACACCAAAGCCAACACCACCUAAAAUGCCUGGAACACCGAUGGAAAAAAGUAAGAAAUUAUCCCAUGAAAUGCAGCAUUCAGGUAAGCGAAAAUUAAUCAGCAUCAUCCCCAACAUUGAGGGCUUCCAGGGGGAUCUGUGUCCCCGUGUUCCCUUGGAAAUUUUUCUUUUGUUCCCUUUUCAUCAUGUUCCCAGUUUACACGUACCUUUGUUCCAUAAAGGCCUGUUUACACUUGCAAUUUUUGCUGAGAUUUUCUUCUUUUGAUGGAUGUGAACGAGUGGAAGAGUUAUGAAUGUUGAGAUGAGGGGACAUAUAUUGCAGUUCGUUCACAUGUAUCAGAAAACGAAAAUCGCACCUAAAAUCGCAGCAAAAUUGCAAGUGUAAACAGGCCUUAAGACUUUUUGGCGUUGUUUCCGUGUUCCCAUUGUAACAUAAAAGUUCAACAUUAUUUAUCACCAUAAUAAGUAUCGUCAUUGUCAUCAUGAUAACCCACUCUUGUAUUUGUUGUAUCUAUUCACGAUAAUCGCACCGCGAUUAUGUUAAAACGAUAAUAAUGUAUUCUUUAAGAAGAUCAAGUUAGCGAGUCAGAAAAACAAAGCACUGGAAUCCUUAAACAUACACCACCUAAACACUCCGACUCACAUCCUCCCAGCCAUCCCAAGGACGACAUGAAGGGCAAGGUCAGAAAGCAGAGCUUAACGUUCAGCGGAGAGAAGGAGGUUACUGCACCAUACAAAAAACCGUUUCGACUUCGCCGAAGAAGUGUUUUUGGUCAUACAAAUGUAUUGGAAAAAUUAGCUUCUGCAACAGGCUUAGAUAAUACUGGACUGUCGGGCGAUAGUAAAUACGUUGAUGGAGAAAGUGACAGGUAAUAAAGAUAGUGACAGGUAAUAAAGAUUUGAAAUCAAUGUAAUUUACAAAAAUGGUGAUGUCUUGAGAUCCAUGUAUACGCCAGUUGUGUUCAAAAACUAUCUCACGAAUUGUCAUUUUCACAGUUACAAAUGUUCCCCAAACGAAGUCGAGACCACAGGACCAACUUUCUGAAAAAUCAAUUUUGGACGUUCUCAACUAGAAGUCGAACCCAAGAUUUCUCCUUUUAUCUUCAAGCGCUCUAGCCAUAGCCUGAGCCGCACACGUUAAGGCCACAUGACGAAGGGCCUUCGCUCAAAACGUCGAAUUUCUCCUUUAAAUUUCUGGCUGUACUCGUAGGCUACUCGGAGCUACUGGAAUGCCCGAUUGAAACGUUCACAAAUAAUGUCUGCAUUCAACACGAGGUAUCAACUGUAAUCCACAUAAUGACACAUAUACGAGGUUAAUGAAGGCAAGAAUGAUUGUCUUGCUUCUUAGCAGUGUUGAAAUGAAAUUUGUGGUGCCCCAAUGGAGGCGAAACAUUUGCAUUUAAACCAGAAAUUGAUUAUAUUCUGUGAACGAUUUGACAUUUGUACGCCACAAUACUAUAGGAAGAACAAUCGAAAUUGCUGUACAACAACUCUCUCCAAAUUUGACAGUGGCCCAGGCUAGGGACCUUGUAAUCCUUCAAUAGUCGGGUGUGCCUAUAAUCAUGGGUGCAUGGAUGAAACACACAAUCCUUUGUAGAAAAUCCUUUAUAAAGAUGCCAUUCUACUCCGCAUAGACUAUAGUCGUAUUAAGCCCGUUCUCCACUAGGCGCGAUUUUUUUCGCGCGACGCGAAGGCGAAAAACGAAUCUUGGCAAUAUGAUUGGUCAGCGAAAAAAUUCGCCGCGAAAAAGUUGGAUCAGUUCCUACUUUUUUACUGUUCGCACGAACAAAUUCGCCUAGUGGAGAACGGGCUUUAGUCUUGGCUAGAGAGGGGGCGCCUGGCACCAUUGGUGAAUAGACCUUAUGCAUAAUGACGUCACAAGGCUUGAUGACCGCGUGGAAUGCUGGUCUUAGUAGUCAUCGCCCGGGAAAAUUAAACAAUUCAAAAUGGCCACUAUCGAAAUUUUCCCGGGCGAUGACUACUAAGACCAGCAUCCAUCGCGGGCAUCAAGCCUUGUGACGUCAUUAUGCAUGAUGUCUAUUAAGAUUUAAGGAAUGCAAAAUGUAUGCACUGCAGGCCUUACAUUUCCCGGGUAUACAGCCCUCGUGUUUAAUUAUUAUAAAAGUGUAAAUAAAAUAAAACCGCAAACGCCUACCUGUGUUCUCGUGAAAACAGACUGUCAAGUUUGAAUUAUAUGUAUACAUGACACGUAACAGAUAUUGAUUUUAUUUUCCAGGUUCUACGAUGGUCAGCAGGAGGAAUAUAUAAGAGCAGUUAGUCGUGGGAGAGGCAGUGAGUACGGUAUAAAAGAUCCCAGUACGCCCGAGAGAGCUUUGGAUGCGCAACAAUUAAGAUACCGAAGAAUGAGUAGAGGUAGAUUUCGUCCAUCUAUGCAUCCUUUUAUUGGUUUAAGCGAGGAAGACCGAGCAAGUUUGACUAACAUCUACAACACCAGGCAAAAUGCUGGCAGUAGGUUUAGUAGAAGAAUACUGAACUAUGAUGACGAGGAGUCUGAAAUCGAAGUCGGAACAUUAAUGAACGAUUUUCGAAGAGAUAGUUUAAGAAAGGCGUUCCUUAGCUUGGGUUUGAUGCAUCUUAGAGGAGACAGUGAUGAUGUCAGAGCAGAUGAACGUCUCACAAUGGAAGAUCAAGUAAACAUCGUUGCACAAAUGGCCAUGGAAGGUAAUUAAAAUACUUCCUCGCUCAAGCGGGAUUAUAUCUCGUAUCUUGCACGCUCCCUGAGCGGUCUAACAAUUUUAAUUAACUGUCAAAUUUAUUCAAUUUUAUAAAAAACUUUAUUUUAGUGUUAAAAGCAACAUGUGAUGUAUUUGAAAAAAGUCGCAGACAGGUAAAUUGCGCAACAUAUUGCAAUGGUUAUUUACAAUGCACGCUGUCGAUGAUAUAUUUCUAUGUACUAUAUUUACAACAUGAGCGGCUGCGUUGUAUCGAAUACAAACUCGAGCAGAAAAUGAAUGGCUUGUGAAACGUCUUGAUGAGAACUUUCGUAUUCUUCAACAAUUUAAAAUAAAUUAAUGAUAUUUGGUGAGAAUUUUGAACUUAAAGUUUAUGUAAAUCAGCAUGAUUUUGUAUCAGAUAUCAGUACAAACUCCUUCACGGUCAUGAUUUCUUUUCUUCAUGAAUUAUUAAUGAGUUUCACAAUGUGUAUUCAUAUAUUCAUGCAUGAGAGUAAAAAUGAAUUUAUUAAGUAUAUUGAUUAUCAUAGUAUAAACAAAUGAAAUAAAGGACGUAUUAAUUCCUAUAUUUACCCUGUAGCGCACGCCCACGGAUAUAUAGGCAUGGCUAUAGCAAAAGCGGGCGUGCAGGACUAAAAGGAGUGCCACGGAUCAGAUUCAUCAGAAUAGAUUGUGCAAAUAGUCGCGAGGCACUAAAAUACAAAUAACAUCUCUGAGGAGGGGAGUGUAAAAGUUUCAUAAGACCUAAUCUUCGGCAGACCCAAUUAAUGCUUUAUUCUGGUUGUAAUGGUGUCAUAAACUUCACUGUUGAGAUGUAUUUAUCGUUUUCUCUUUUCAAGUCACAGUCAAUACCUAAUCAACAACUGUAUAAAAGGCCUGACGAUGAAGAAGAAGUGGAAGAGACGAGAGAAAGAGAAACAGUACGUAUAUAUGUGCGUUUAAACGACAGAGGCGGGUUGUAUGCCCGCUGCGUCCACCCAUAGACAAUCCAGAAGACAGGGACUGGAAACGCCUAAUGUUUUGCGCGUGCCAUCCGUGAUGUGCUUGCGUGACGCUUGUGCCAUGUGAUUUGAAUGGCCUGCUGCUUCGAAAACGAAUAAAACGAUAGAUUGAUAUAAAAAAUAGCCUAUUCGAUAGAUUACAAUCUUGUGAUGUCAAAUGGCUUCAUUGUCAAAGACAAAACAGGUUAAGUCUGUAGUUACAGGGUUAAAUUUGGCAGUAUUUUCUGGAAAUAAUUGCUGCGUGCGCGAUUUACCGAUAGCACGAUCCAAAUUUUACAUUUAGCAUCACUAUAAAGUAGAAAUAAAUGAAAAUUUGGACGUAUCUACCUUUGUUAGUAUAGCCGCUCCACUACUACGAUCCCAAAAUUCAGAUAAUACGCUUUUUUUACGAUAUAUUUUGCAUAAACACGUAUUCUUCAACAAUUUAAAAUAAAUUAAUGAUAUUUGGUGAGAAUUUUGAACUUAAAGUUUAUGUAAAUCAGCAUGAUUUUGUAUCAGAUAUCAGUACAAACUCCUUCACGGUCAUGAUUUCUUUUCUUCAUGAAUUAUUAAUGAGUUUCACAAUGUGUAUUCAUAUAUUCAUGCAUGAGAGUAAAAAUGAAUUUAUUAAGUAUAUUGAUUAUCAUAGUAUAAACAAAUGAAAUAAAGGACGUAUUAAUUCCUAUAUUUACCCUGUAGCGCACGCCCACGGAUAUAUAGGCAUGGCUAUAGCAAAAGCGGGCGUGCAGGACUAAAAGGAGUGCCACGGAUCAGAUUCAUCAGAGUAGAUUGUGCAAAUAGUCGCGAGGCACUAAAAUACAAAUAACAUCUCUGAGGAGGGGAGUGUAAAAGUUUCAUAAGACCUAAUCUUCGGCAGACCCAAUUAAUGCUUUAUUCUGGUUGUAAUGGUGUCAUAAACUUCACUGUUGAGAUGUAUUUAUCGUUUUCUCUUUUCAAGUCACAGUCAAUACCUAAUCAACAACUGUAUAAAAGGCCUGACGAUGAAGAAGAAGUGGAAGAGACGAGAGAAAGAGAAACAGUACGUAUAUAUGUGCGUUUAAACGACAGAGGCGGGUUGUAUGCCCGCUGCGUCCACCCAUAGACAAUCCAGAAGACAGGGACUGGAAACGCCUAAUGUUUUGCGCGUGCCAUCCGUGAUGUGCUUGCGUGACGCUUGUGCCAUGUGAUUUGAAUGGCCUGCUGCUUCGAAAACGAAUAAAACGAUAGAUUGAUAUAAAAAAUAGCCUAUUCGAUAGAUUACAAUCUUGUGAUGUCAAAUGGCUUCAUUGUCAAAGACAAAACAGGUUAAGUCUGUAGUUACAGGGUUAAAUUUGGCAGUAUUUUCUGGAAAUAAUUGCUGCGUGCGCGAUUUACCGAUAGCACGAUCCAAAUUUUACAUUUAGCAUCACUAUAAAGUAGAAAUAAAUGAAAAUUUGGACGUAUCUACCUUUGUUAGUAUAGCCGCUCCACUACUACGAUCCCAAAAUUCAGAUAAUACGCUUUUUUUACGAUAUAUUUUGCAUAAACACGUAUUCUUCAACAAUUUAAAAUAAAUUAAUGAUAUUUGGUGAGAAUUUUGAACUUAAAGUUUAUGUAAAUCAGCAUGAUUUUGUAUCAGAUAUCAGUACAAACUCCUUCACGGUCAUGAUUUCUUUUCUUCAUGAAUUAUUAAUGAGUUUCACAAUGUGUAUUCAUAUAUUCAUGCAUGAGAGUAAAAAUGAAUUUAUUAAGUAUAUUGAUUAUCAUAGUAUAAACAAAUGAAAUAAAGGACGUAUUAAUUCCUAUAUUUACCCUGUAGCGCACGCCCACGGAUAUAUAGGCAUGGCUAUAGCAAAAGCGGGCGUGCAGGACUAAAAGGAGUGCCACGGAUCAGAUUCAUCAGAGUAGAUUGUGCAAAUAGUCGCGAGGCACUAAAAUACAAAUAACAUCUCUGAGGAGGGGAGUGUAAAAGUUUCAUAAGACCUAAUCUUCGGCAGACCCAAUUAAUGCUUUAUUCUGGUUGUAAUGGUGUCAUAAACUUCACUGUUGAGAUGUAUUUAUCGUUUUCUCUUUUCAAGUCACAAUCAAUACCUAAUCAACAACUGUAUAAAAGGCCUGACGAUGAAGAAGAAGUGGAAGAGACGAGAGAAAGAGAAACAGUACGUAUAUAUGUGCGUUUAAACGACAGAGGCGGGUUGUAUGCACGCUGCGUCCACCCAUAGACAAUCCAGAAGACAGGGACUGGAAACGCCUAAUGUUUUGCGCGUGCCAUCCGUGAUGUGCUUGCGUGACGCUUGUGCCAUGUGAUUUGAAUGGCCUGCUGCUUCGAAAACGAAUAAAACGAUAGAUUGAUAUAAAAAUAGCCUAUUCGAUAGAUUACAAUCUUGUGAUGUCAAAUGGCUUCAUUGUCAAAGACAAAACAGGUUAAGUCUGUAGUUACAGGGUUAAAUUUGGCAGUAUUUUCUGGAAAUAAUUGCUGCGUGCGCGAUUUACCGAUAGCACGAUCCAAAUUUUACAUUUAGCAUCACUAUAAAGUAGAAAUAAAUGAAAAUUUGGACGUAUCUACCUUUGUUAGUAUAGCCGCUCCACGACUACGAUCCCAAAAUUCAGAUAAUACGCUUUUUUUACGAUAUAUUUUGCAUAAACUACACGCAUUUGCCUUUGUUUUUAUGUAAAUUUAAAGACUUGUUACCGUGGUAACAGCAAGUAAUUGCUACGUGACAGGCACAUCACGGAUGUCACGAUUUGUCAUCAUAUUUCUAGCUUACGUUUCCAGUCCCUGUCUUCUGGAUUGUCUAUGGUCCACCAACCGUUCUGAAAUGUUUGACAAGCUGUGAAACUAGUGACUACAAAUGUAUAUAUAUGUAAAAUAUUAGUGCAUACUUUACAUAUACUUUAUUGUACCUCAAUUACCUCAGUGGAUAGCGCUAUCCGGCCAUCCUGUAACCGACUCCAAGUACAUCAAACUAUAUAUAUAUAUAUAUUGACAGUUUUAAUUUUUCUUGACCUAUUUAUCUUGAAACUCGCAAAUGAAGUAUAAUAGUACCUUACAUUAUUACAACGUUUCCUAAUCGUGUACUCUUAAUCAGGACUAGUUUUUCACUGUAGGGUUAUCUUAAGUUUAUAUGGGAUUAAAUCAGCUUAAGCAAGGGAGCUUGUACAUGCCUUGGCUUGCUCGUUUGCUAGCGAAUAUAUAAUUUACCUUUACCUAUACGUUUACCUUAGCUAUUCUGUUUACGUAUUUUGUUUGUCGGCCAUUUCCAUUUUCUAACUAAUAUCACGGUAUUAACACUUUCUCAUUUUUGUGAGGAGCAAAAUCAUGCAGCACAUUUUCUCAAUUUUAGAUGAUGUUUCCACCUGUGAACACACCAGAAAAUAAUAGGUAUGUUUAAUUUUAAAUCCUACUGACAAAUCAAUUCAUUAUUUGACAUGCAGCGGCCUUUGGUGAAAAGUCGGUGAGUUUAAUCCUAUAGGUGUAAUAAUAUUUGGUGGUGGAAAGUGGUGUGGAAAGGAUUUCAAGUUGUUUUUUUCUCAUGGGCUAUGCACAGAGAAGCGGAACAUCCUUCUUCAACACAUGCAUGAAAAACAAUUUUGGAUUUUGAUCAAUAAAUAUGGAAAUAAGCAUUAAUGGAGCCUCGUUUUCGUGUUUUCCACAUUUAUUGGUCAAAAUAUAGAAUUAUUUUUUCAUGCAUGUGUUGAACUACUGUCGAUGCAAUGGAAGUGUUGAUAAAAUAUUGCACCAAUUCCAUUCCCCAAGUUGAUCAAUUCAUUUGAUAGAAAAUUGAUCAACUUCCUGUUACUUUUAGAUGAGCCAAUUAGAUUUCGUUUCAGAACCGAUUGACCAAUAGGAAACGCACAGGAAGUAAAAUGAAAUUUGAAUUCGUAUGAAUUGAUCAACUUGAGGAAAUGAAUUCAUGCAAUAUUUUAUCAACACUUCCAUUGCAUCGACAGUAAGGUAGUCCUAAGUUGAAAACAGUCUAGUUGUGAUGUAAUUAUCGAAAGAGUGUAUUGUAUUCUUCCGCGCCACAUUGAUACUUUCAGAAAGUCUUUGAUGUUAUAAUUGUUACAACCAUAUGGUUUUCCCCACUAAAUGGUUUUCAUGUUUGCAGAAUAAUUUUAGAAGACGAACCAAGAGAUUCAACUGACGAGGAGAAUAAAGAGGUAAUUUUAGAAUAUAUCAGGGGGCGGUUGUACAAAAAAAUAAUAGCAAAUAAAUAGUGCAAAAAUUAACCAUAAUCAGAAUCGCGCAUUUGAGAAUUAACUUUGUGAAUUAACUAUUUAACUACAAAACGGGUAGUUAAAAAGUAAUUUUAAGCCUUUUAUACAACAGGCCCCAGGAGACUACACCUCUAUAUUCUAGUUUAUUAGCGCUAAGAGAGACAUCGUUACUGGGCUGGAUAAUACUGAUGUAAUAUAUAAGACCACAUGGACCAUUAGAUAUGAACGAUAACCAAAAGUUGCACGACAACUGCAUCAUAACGGUGGGAACUUUUCUCAUUUAUAGCUGUCUUGCUAGAUUUUUAAAAUUAGAAGUGCUUGCUCGUUAUUUUUUGGAUUUGUCCAACCCCCACCCAUGAAAAACCUAAUUGUCCACCUUUAAGUGAUUAUUAGUAUUGCUGUAGCUGUGUGUAGAUUCUGUCCUUGCAGAUGCUCGCCUAAUAAUCCGACAAAGGUAAACUCUUUAAAUUGGAAAUUCAAUACAUUUAGCGAAGCGAUACAGUAAAUCUCUAUAAGUAUGAUUAAACCCCUCGCAGUUUCAUCUCAAUUAUUAUACUUUACCCAGAAGGGUAUAUAGGGCGUAUACCCACAGAGCCGAGGCUCCAAUAAUGGAUUUCCCUCCUCCAAUUGUCCCUUUCAAUAGUUAGUAUUAAAAUCAUGUUUAACUAACAUGUAGGUUUUCGAGUCGUGGUCACUCGUGCAUGGAUAGUUUUCUUCAAUGAGAUAACCCUAAACGCCUGAGACCAGUUGUAUAAAACUCUCAACUAGAUUUGACGUCUUUGACCGAUAAUAUUCUUAUAUUGAUUAUAGCUUUCUCGCUAACAAUAGUCAAUUACGUUUUAUACUACCGGCUACCGUAGAUAUCGCUGCCAGAACUAGCUAAAAGUACCGCAACACCAGAAGCUGAAACCACAGAUGCAAUCGUCAGCAAAACGAACAAAAGUUCGAUGAAAAGGUCUCGGCAAGGAAGCGAACCAAGACAAAGAGACAUGUUAGCGAGAUACGCAGCAAAACGGCGAAGCUUAAAUCGAUCUAAUCCGUUCCGAAACCUCAAUGCGCGUAAGACGGUUAUGGAAAGAAUCUUAGGUAGCCGAAUGAGCGUUCCUGGUAAUAUGAUGGGAAAUGAACAUAGUGUUGCUAGGUGAGUAGUACACUUCUCCGAGUAUAUAUAUAUAUAUAUAUAUAUAUAUGCCGCCCACAUUUUCGCGCGCCUUUCUUCCAAAUAAAAUCCCCUUUGAGAGGCGGAGCGGCAGGUCUGAGGCUCAGCGAUGAUAAUUUAAACUACAGAAUAAUCCACAAAAUAAUGGGUAUUAGUGACAGCCGGGGCGCAGAGCAGCCAAAAUUAAAAACUGAUCUAAUGUCGUAAUGGAAAUUAUAUCCAAAAUUAUGCGAUAUCAAUACUGUGAUGACUAUAUGUUAAUUUGAAAAAGCAUAGCUAUUUGUGUGCUUGUUUGUCUUGAUUCGUAGGGUGACUAAAAGUAGUUUACGUUUGUAUGUUUGUCGGCGCGAAUUUGUAACACGUUGUCUUGCGUUUCUGGACAGUGUAAAAACUGAAUGAAUAAAUUAUGCAAUAAUCCAAUUUGCACUGUGUGAAGUCUCUGAGUACCGUCACUGUCUCGGGCAUUUAUGUAGAAUUUGGCUUGAAAUCGAAGACAAUGGAACGUUGAAACAAGAAGCCUGGUACUUUAUAAUUAGAUAUAAUUAAAGCGGAAGGCACAAGUAGCGAUUGUAGAAAGCCCAAGAUAUCUGGGGCUUAUGGGCUAUACCCUCCCCCUCUAGCAAUAUACUGUAUAAAGUCUAUGAAAUGAUACUCAUGUAUACUUUUGGGAAGACUUUACAGAAUUCUGAUGGUCAGAAAACAGUUUAUAAUACAGUAUUUGUAAAUUCUGAACGCUGAUUGGCUAAGAGCCGUGUUGAUCUAACUCAUUGUCAACACGGAAAAUUUCUUUCUUUAUAUUUCUUUGUGCUAUAUUAUAAAACAAAUAUAAAACAUGUUUUCCGUAUUGAUAUAUAUAUACAGUUAUAUCAACACUCGUGGACAUUGGGAAAACUCGAAAAAACUCGUUUUUUUUAUAUUUGUUAAAUGUAACAUGUAUAUUUGUGAGUGCUUAUUAAUUCAAGGUGGAGUAAUACGAGCAACAAAAUUGCUGCCACUUGCAACAAAAACUGAUUUCAAUGCAUGCAUGUUAGUUAGCGAUGUUUACGAAUGUUGUCUCGUGUUCGGUUACUUAUCUGUAAACAUUUUUAAUUAACAUGCACUGAAAUAAGUUUUUGUUGCAUGUUGCAGUAAUUUUGUUGCUCCUACAUUACACCACCUUUAGUUUAUUAUUUUAAUACACGCCCCUGCUUUAUCGCCUCAAGUGUUGCUUAAAACGCCCAAUAAGAUCAGAGGUUUAAAUUCAGUUAUUCUGGCACAGGUUUGGUGGUAUGCGAUCGCACAGAAACUCGUUAUCAAGAAGAACAUUUCUGGAUAAUGCUGACGAAUUUACACUAACAGCUCAGGCGAUUAAAUUACCAACACAAUCACAUCAACCGAGCGCAAUUCUUCAACCUUCUCAGUACAAAACCAAGCUAGCACCACCGCAAGGGAUGCCAAAAAGCUCUUCUGUCGGUGCGCAUGUACGUACAUAUACGCUGUGAAUAUUUUUUUUAAAAACGUCUUAUCAUUAACCCAUCCAAAUUAAUAUACCCUGCCUAAUAUACAGGGCCUUCGAGAGGUUGCACGAGGCCCGGGGCAAAACUUUCUAAGUAUAUACCGUAUUUCGGUACACUUGUCUAAUGUACAUCGUAUUUCGGUAAACUGCAUGACCAAUGCAUGCUGUAUGUAAGAGUUAAUUACCGAGAACGAGGUUUCUUCGUGGGAUACAACCCAAGGGACGUGACCGAAGAAAGCGUCCCGAGGGCCGUAGGUCCCAGGCUAUCUACUUCCGCUUCCCUCCCAAACACGUUCCAGCGUGUUAGGGAGGACACGCUGGAGCGUGUUAGGGAGGGAAGCGGAAGUAGAGAGCCUGGCUUGCGAGGUUGGUGCUUUCUAAGGGUUACGCUCCCGAGGGAUGUUAUCUCAAAAAGAAACCGACGUUCGAGGUACUUAACUAACUUAGUUCAAAUUUGUAAGGAUUGACACACAAUGAAAUAUACUUUUUUUGUUAAAAAUACUUGUAUUGAAUUAAGGUAGAAGCGCUAUAACGAAGAUUUGUAUGGGUUUGUCGAAGCAAAUAUUCUAAAUUUGCUCUCAAUAGUGUUUUAUUUGGGUAAGAAUCUUAGGUUACGUUUACACUAUACCGGAUAGAUUCCGUAGCGGUAUGAAAAAACACCUAUCCGAUACGGAAUGUACAACUUUCAGAAGCUGAACAACUGACAUCUCUCCGUUGCAAUAAUUCCUCUGAAAAUAGCGUUCCUAAAAGGUACGGAUAUAUAGGUGUUUUUCACGUCGCUAUACGGAAAGCUAUCUGGUAAAAGUGUGAAGGUAGCCUAAAAGAAAGUGGAGGGAAUUUGAUAUCUCUAUAGAGAAAAGCGGGGUUGAUGAAUUGAUAAUUCAUUUGAAUUGAUGAUAAAAUAUUCACCGGUACCAGGUUUUAUCCAUGUAAAACCCAGUUUUUGCGGGUUUUAUAUAAAACCCGCAGAAACCGGGUUUUAUAUGGAUAAAACCCUGUAAAUAUUUGAAUCAUUGAUUCAAAAUAGUAAAAAAUAAUAACGUUAGACUAUUUACAGUACAAAAUACCUGUAGAUAGUCUAACAACAUUAUUAUCAUGUAAUUAAUUUAAAUAUUCCAUCUUUUAAAUUUGUAAAUAGCUCUUAACAGCACCUCUAAAUUGUAACUUUUUUAUCUUUUGCACAUGUCCCUCGCGUGGAAAUCAUGCAGCUUCGGUUGAUGAGGUCAGCGUGCAUAAAUAAAGUUUUUUACAUAUCUAUCUAAUAUUUUAAUUAGUCAUCAAUUCAAUUCUAUUCAUCAACCCCACUUUUCUCUGUGGAGAUAUCAAAUUCCCUCCCCUUGCUUUUAGAUUCUUACCCAAAUAAAACCCUGUAGAGAAGAAUAGAAAUCCGCACAAAUUUGAACUAAAUUGGUUUAAACUACCGUAUUUAAUAUGUUCGACUAUGUAUUUGUAUUUUGGUAAACUUUCACUAAACUACUAACUUUUUUCAGGGUCUUUUUGCAACUGGAGCAAUGAAAUACGGACCAGCAAUCGAAAAGGCGAGGUCAGAUCAAACUCACAACAGAUUAUUCAUAGGUUCUCGUACGCAGGAAGCACCAAGAUGGCCGGCAGGAAGAAUGCGGCACACUGGUACCCGAAAGAAAUUGUAA